GAAGACUUCUUCAACUUGCAUCAGCAAGUCAGUGGCCUCAUCACCGAGAUGCAGCGCCUUGGAGAAGCCAAUGCUCAGCUUCGAGCAACGGUCGAGUCUCAGGCCGCUAGCCUGGAGUUUCAGCGCCAGGCCACGGCCGAAGCACCCUCAGCCCACGUCAAUCGACACCUUGGUAAGGUUCACCCAGACCCAAAGUCAUUCGAUGGGUCUAGUGACGCCGUGCCCGUACGAGACUUUAUUGACUCUUGUGGUUUGAAGCUCUCCGCCGAGCGAGAGCGCCUCGUCACGGAAGCCGAGCGUAUCUCUUACGUUGGUGGGCUUCUCACUGGUGCUGCCCUCAAG